AUGGGACGCAACAAGCCUGAAAAGAAGAACCGCAAAGAGCAGGCGGCAAAAGUGGCGACCGCUGUCACUGAGGCAAGGACAGCCAAGGCGGCUGUGGAAAUCCGAGACCAGGUAUAAAUUGCUGUAUUUUCACAACUUUCUCUUAAUUUCCACGUUAUAGGAGCCUGGCACCAGCUCGGCAACUCCAAACGUUCCGCGUACGAAUACGCAGUACUAUGGAUACGAUGUCGACGCCGGCGUAAACAUCACUUUCCGCUUCACUGGCGCCACCUCCGAAGAUGGUAUGCUCAUCAAACUGGAUGAGGACACCCCGCCAGAAGUGGAAGUGACGGUCGACGGCGUGAAGGUCGACGACGUCAAGAUGGUGAAGAAGCCGAAGAAGAAAUAA